ACGACGACUGAAUUCUGAUCAGACACUAUGACAUGACAAUAACGACUUCUGAGAACGUCAAGAAGUUUCCUUUUUCACUUCAUAUCUUUGUAGCGGUAGAAUCGGUUCAAGCCCAAUUAUGAGGAUAAUCAACUGGUUUUCGAAGAACUUCCGAUACUACGUUGUUUUCUCGAAGGAAGCAUUGUUUAUACUUGGCCUCAUAUUUGUCCACAGUUUCGUAGAGAAAGCACUGCUAGAUAUACUGAUCACUCAUCUCCAAGGUGUAUGGGGCAUACAUAAAUCGGCUCAAGCUGUCAAUUUACAGGAAGGAACCGCGGCAGUUCUGCAAAUUUUAUUUGCUUUUGCAUUGGAUGCCUAUCUGGGCCGCUUCAAAAUGGUGGUUUACUCCUCCAUAUCUUACAUUAUUGGAUUGGUGCUGUUCUGGAAUGCAGACUGGCAUAGUGAUAUUCGAACUUUUUACAUAGGACUCGUGCUAAUCACUCUGGCAAAAGCUGCAAAAGAGGUAUCCUUGAAAGCAUUUCUUGAUGAUCAAUUCAUGGCAAAGGAUAUCCCAACCACAGAAAAGGAGAAAGAACGACAACAUAGCCGUAGCAACGUCUGGUGGCGCUCUGCAUCCAUCUUGGGUUCUAUUGCAGCUAUUUUUGUCCCGAGUUCAUUGAAGCUGCUUUCUAUGAUCUCAGCAAUUGCAAUGAUGAUUGCAUACUUGUGGCUCUGGUUAGGUGCAAAAUUUUAUGAAUGCAAUCGACCAACAGGCAGCGCCAUCUCUGAUGUUCUAUUUGUUAUCAGAACAGCAGUACGAAAAAGCGAUCUUCCCUAUGCAACUACUCCAGAGCAGCUCUUCCAAAAUUAUAAAGGUGUUACGCGUAUUGAGCCUUGCAUUUCGUGGUUGAUGUGGUUAGACAAAGCUCCCAUUAUGAUUGAAGAGGUAAAUAGGCCAGACAAGAAUUGCACAGUUGCACAAGUGAAGGAAGUGAAAUUUUUAUUAGCGUUGAUUCCUAUGUGGACAACUUUCCUUACAUACAGUCUGGUUGAUGCAACAGGGAGCACCUUCUUUUUCGUACAAGUUAGCAACAUUGAUGACAAAUUCCCUGUUACUGUUUUUGUUAUAUUAGUAACAGUCACAAUCUCUGCAAUUGAUUAUCUAUGUGACUUCCUAUUUCAAAAAAUUGGUAAUGAAAUGAAUGGACAACUCAUAAGGCGGGGGAGAAUCGGUGUUGGAAUGGCAUUUUCUGUCAUUUGUUGCAUAUUUGCUUGGAAAAAUGCAGUUCACUGGCUGUAUUUGGUCAAGAUAUACACAAAGCCAAGUUUACAUAUAAACAUUUUUAGCCUAACUCCACAAUUUAUCUUCUUGGGAAUUAUGAAAGGAUUUUCAGAAGGUGGGCUUCAAAGUUUCUUUUGUUCCCAGGUUUCUGAAUCUCUAAAGAACUACGGACCACCAUUUGGAGAAUGUGUGAUUGGUAUCGGAAAGUUUCUGAGUAUGUUUUGUAUCCUCAUUUUUGGUCGCUGGUUUGGGAAAUAUAUAAAUUUCAGUCGUUUGGACAAUUAUUAUGCGUUGCUGACACUUCUAAGUUUUGUUAACUUACUAAUCUACUGUUUGGUUGCCUACUGGUAUGGAGAUGUUCGAUUUUCACCUGAAGUAGACUGUGAACCACUCAUAGAAGGUGCCCAAGACAGUAUUAGACCUUUGGUACUGCCAUCCUUCUCUGAUCAGAUGCCCAAUAACCUUCAAUAUAUUGGUGUUUCGACAAGGAGAACACGGUCAUUAUCUGAUAAGAUGCCCAAUAUCUCUCCAUAUUUCAGUGUUUUCAGAAGGGGAACGUGGUCCUUCCCCAGUCCUGCUCAACCUACAAAUCCAAACAGGCUGGAUUAUGCACACGAGAAGGAGAAUGAACAACUCCUCAAUUUAAAAAUAUCUGAUAGUAAACAUCGCGAUGUUUUGUAAAGUUGGUCAAUGUUAAAUUGAUGGUGGAAAGAUAUCAAAGUGAUUGCAAGACUCGUUCCCCUCAGACUCCUUCCUGUUAUUCCCCAAAGGAUCCUUCCUGUUAUGCUUUCUAAUAUGUCGUGAUUACUAUUUCUCUCCCUUUGUAUUGCUUUGUUUUUCUUUCUGAUAUAGAUAAGUCUUUGAUUAUAAAUACAUUUAAUGUACCAGAAAUAAUAUUUUUUAGCUUAGGCUUUAUUUUA